GGUAGGAGGAGGACGGGGAAGGACGGAGCCUAGCAGCCGUUGCCUCCCUCGCUGCCUCCCUCGCGCGCUCGCCCACCCCCUCCCUCCCUCCCCUCCCUCCCCCGGCCCCGGCUCCGGCCCCGGCCCAUUCGCUGUUCGGUCUUCUGCAGGGAGGAUGUCGGGCUCGUCGCUCCCUAGCGCCCUGGCCCUCUCGCUGUUGCUGGUCUCGGGCUCCCUCCUCCCAGGGCCAGGCGCCGCUCAGAACGAGCCGAGGAUUGUCACCAGUGAAGAGGUUAUUAUUCGGGAAACCUCUGCUCUCCCUGUCACCCUGCAGUGUAACCUCACCUCCAGCUCUCACACCCUUACCUACAGCUACUGGACAAAGAAUGGAGUAGAACUGACUGCCACUCGUAAGAAUGCCAGCAACAUGGAAUACAGGAUCAAUAAGCCGAGAGCCGAGGAUUCAGGCGAAUACCACUGUGUAUAUCACUUUGUCAGUGCUCCUAAAGCAAAUGCCACCAUUGAAGUGAAAGCUGCUCCUGACAUCACUGGCCAUAAACGGAGUGAAAACAAGAAUGAAGGGCAGGAUGCCAUGAUGUACUGCAAGUCAGUUGGCUACCCCCACCCAGAGUGGAUAUGGAGCAAGAAGGAGAACGGUAUGCCCAUGGAGAUUGUCAAUACCUCUGGCCGCUUCUUCAUCAUCAACAAAGAAAAUUACACCGAGCUGAGCAUCAUGAACCUCCAGAUCACAGAAGACCCUGGCGAGUAUGAAUGUAAUGCUACCAACUCCAUUGGCUCUGCAUCCGUUGUCACCAUCCUCAGGGUACGGAGCCACCUGGCCCCACUCUGGCCUUUCUUGGGAAUUCUUGCUGAAAUCAUCAUCCUUGUGGUGAUCAUUGUUGUGUACGAGAAGAGGAAGAGGCCAGAUGAAGUUCCUGAUGACGAUGAACCAGCUGGGCCAAUGAAAACCAACUCUACCAACAAUCACAAAGAUAAAAACUUGCGCCAGAGAAACACAAAUUAAGUACUGCUUACAAUGUCUUUAGGUUCCUGAAACUGGUGGCAAGAUGACCUGCUACAUUUUCUGCUUGGACCUCUUUGGUCCUCUCCCCUUUCAAGUGAGCACCACGCCACGAGGACUGUCUAACGCAUGCCUUAUUUAGCCUCUCCUGUAAGGGUGACCUGGCCAGGUACAUUUUAAACAAUGCUUCAGUGUAGAAGGUCUAAACUACUUUGGGCUUGAUGUGCUGUGAAUGUUGCUUUUUUUUUUCCUUUGUUAAAAUAUUUAAAUAGAAGUGUAAAGGUCCUCUGAGGAUCGGAUCAUGCAUGCACCAUUUUUUACUUAAUGCAGCUGUUAAAUUGGCAAAGCUCUAAAAUGCACUGCUGCCAUCUAGUGAUACAUUUUUGUAAAGUACAGCAAAACCUACAGAUAUAUACAGUAUAUAAAUAUAUAUAUAUUUAUAUUUUUGGGGGUGGGAGAAAUCCAAAAUAAAAUAAAUGCUUGUUUCAUUUCUAAGCUGCUGAUAGUCAUUCCUUAUUGUAUGUUGUCAGAUGAGGAAAUUGUGUGGUCUGGUACAUAAAGAUGAGUAAUAUAAACUGAAAUCUAUAAUUUUAAGGGCUUAACCUACGACUUUGAUAAGAAGCUGGAACAGUCCACUGAAUGGAUAUAAUGAAUUGCAGUAUAUAUGUAUGAUUGCUUUUUAAGUGAUUCUUUUGUUAACUCAUGUAAAUUCUUAAAUCCUUUUGCACUGAUGUGUCGAACCUUAUUGUACAUUCAAUUAAGGCAAACUUUUAUAAUUUACCUUUUGUUUUCAAUGACCUUGAAAUGUUAUAGCAUGGUAUUCUAUGCAACUAGUUAGACUUGGGGUUGACACUGUAUUUUUUCACAUUGAUUUAAUGGUUGAGUGUAAACUUUCUCACCCGGCAGGGUUCUCACGCAGUGCGUACCCAUAGAUGCAUGUACUUGUGUUUUGUGUAAUUGUUGAAGUGCAAUGAUGUAUAAAAAAGUGGAUUCACCUGUUUUUAAAAAUAAAACAUUGAUAAAAGGUGUUUGAAA